UAAUGCAGUCAGCAGAAGAGGGACACGUCACCCCGGAGGAUCUACAACAUGAAGGAUUCCAGAUAAAAAUAAUAAAAAAGGAAGAAGAUGAAGAUGAGGACGAUGAUUUCUUCUGUGAAGGAUCUUUAAUCCCUGUGGAACAAGUCAUCUCUGAGGAACAUCUCACCCAAGUGGACCAACAGUUUGGAGGUUUCCAGAUGAAGCCUGUGAAGAAGGAAGAACCUGAAGAUACAGAACUGAACAAGGAUUUCUCCUGCUCCUCGUGUCCACGUUCCUCUACAACCCAAAAUCACCUCCACAAUCACAUCAAGAGCUGCAACCAUGAUAAAUAUGAGACUCUGGUGAAGAUUAAGACUGAAGAUGAGGAUCUGACGCCCACCAGAAGCUCCAGUAAUCAGCAAACGUCCUCUGGUCCUGUCAGCAUUAACACCUCUCUCAGUCCCACACAGGAAGAAGAAAACGUCUGCUCACAGUGUGGGAAGAGCUUCAGGUACCAGAGUGAACUCAAACGACACCAGCGCAUUCACACUGGAGAGAAACCAUAUCAGUGCUCACAGUGUGGGAAGAGCUUUAAUAGACCGAGUCAUCUUAAAGAUCACCAGCGCAUUCACACUGGAGAGAAACCAUAUCAGUGCUCACAGUGUGGGAAGAGCUUUAAUAGACAAAGUGAUUUCAAAAUACACCAGCACAUUCACACUGGAGAGAAACUAUAUCAGUGCUCACAGUGUGGGAAGAGCUUUAAUAGACAAAGUGAUCUCAAAAUACACCAGCGCAUUCACACUGGAGAGAAACCAUAUCAAUGCUCACAGUGUGGUAAGAGCUUUCAUAUAAAGAGUGUUCUCAAAGAUCACCAGCGCAUUCACACUGGAGAGAAACCAUAUCAGUGCUUACAGUGUGGGAAGAGUUUUAAUCAACAGGGUAAUCUCAACAUGCACCAGCGCAUUCACACUGGAGAGAAACCGUAUCAGUGCUCACAGUGUGGGAAGAGUUUUAAUACACAGAGUGAUCUCAACAAACACCAGCGCAUUCACACUGGAGAGAAACCGUAUCAGUGCUCACAAUGUGGGAAGAGUUUUGCUCAUCUAAAUACAUUUAAGAAACACAAGUGUGACACAUUCAAUUGUACCGAAUAAAUGAAGGGUUUGAUUUUUAAUCCCACAUUCCCAAAGUAAUCACCAAGUGUUCCUGUUAAUGUAGCAACAGCUGUAAUGUUUAGCAUGUGCACCUGUUUCUUUUUAUUGUAAUAAAUGAACCCACAGUCUCUGCAGUCGGGUGGUACAGUGGCUUAGCAGGGUUUCCUCACACCUUCCAAAAACAUACCAGUAUGUGGA